CAAGUUAACACAAAAAAAUUGCGAACAGAUUAUGAAAGUUGCGGCCGCACUACUAUUGUGCGCAAUCUCGUUAGCUCGCGGACAAGAUGUAGAGCUCAACGGUAAUGGUUGCCCGAUAGACUACACAUACGAACUUUUGUACGCUCACGAAAUAUGCAACAAGUUUUUACAGUGCACACAUGGAGAGCUAGUCGAACACACGUGUGCUGGCGACCUUCUGUUCAAUGUCGAGAAACAAGAAUGCGAUUGGCCUCACGACACCGAUUGCGGGCAUAGAGUGAUUCCUGGUGCCGAAUCAGAGGAAAGUGAAAAAGAAGCGAGCAAAGAAGACAAUUCCAGUCAAGAAGGUGGUGGGGAUAACAAUGGCAACGGAGACAAUAACACGACAUGCAACUGUAAUCCCGGAGAAGCACCAUCGAUCUGCGCUGGGACUGGUUCAGAGGGAAUACUUAUAGCGCAUGAAAAUUGUAACCAAUUUUAUAAGUGCUCUGGUGGCUUUCCCGUUGCUAUAAGUUGUUACGGGGAUUUACUAUAUAAUCCAUAUACCGAGGUGUGUGACUGGCCACAUAACGUUGACUGUGGAGAAAGAGUUAUCCCAGAUUGUGAUGAAGAUAAUAAUGCCUCUGGAGAUAAUAACAAUGGAGAUAAUGGCUCAGGUGAUAACGGUAAUGGAAAUGGAGAUAAUAAUACCACUUGCAAUUGCAAUCCUGGUGAAGCACCAUCUAUCUGUGCUGGGAGUGAAUCAGAAGGCGUGCUUAUUGCUCACGAAAAUUGCAACCAAUUUUAUAAAUGCUCUCAGGGUGUACCAGUAGCUAUGAGCUGUUAUGGAGACUUAUUAUAUAAUCCAUACACUGAGCAAUGUGAUUGGCCACAAAACGUCGAGUGCGGUACCCGAGUGAUCCCAGAGAGUGAAGAAGAUAAUAGUAAUAAUAGCGACAACGAUUCUGGAGAUAAUAACAAUGGUGAAAAUGGUGGAAAUGGUGAAAGUGAAAAUGGUAAUGAGAACGGAACUGGCUCAUGUAACUGCAAUCCUGGUGAGGCUCCCACAAUUUGCGCUGGUAGUGGAUCAGAGGGUGUACUCAUAGCUCACGAAAAUUGCAACCAAUUUUAUAAAUGCUCUAAUGGUGUUCCUGUAGCAAUGAGUUGUUAUGGAGACUUGCUAUAUAAUCCAUACACUGAGCAAUGUGAUUGGCCACAAAACGUAGAUUGCGGUACUCGAGUGAUUCCAGAGUGUGAAGAUGACAAUAGUAAUGGUGAUAACGGUUCUGGAGAUAACAAUAACGGAGAGAACGGCUCUGGAGAUAAUAACAAUGGCGAAAAUGGUGGUGACAACAAUGGUGGUAAUGGUGAUAGUGAUGAUGGUAAUGAGAACGGAACUGGCUCAUGUAAUUGCAACCCUGGUGAGGCUCCCGCAAUUUGCGCUGGUAGUGGAUCAGAAGGUACAUUAAUAGCUCACGAAAAUUGUAACCAAUUCUACUUAUGUUCUCACGGUGUUCCUGUUGCAAUGAGCUGCUACGGAGACUUACUAUACAACCCAUAUACAGAGAGAUGUGAUUGGCCAAACAACGUUGAAUGUGGUGACCGAGUCAUCCCAGAAUGUGAUGAUGAAGAAAAUACUUCUGGAGGUAACAACAACGGUGAAAAUGGUUCUGGAGAUAAUAACAACGGGGAAAGUGAUUCUGGUGGCGACAACAAUACCGGUGGCAAUGGAGAUAGCAACAAUGGUAACGAGAACGAAACAGGCUCAUGUAAUUGUAAUCCUGGUGAGGCUCCCACAAUUUGCGCUAGUAAUGGAUCAGAAGGUACAUUCAUAGCUCACGAAAAUUGUAAUCAAUUUUACUGCUGUUCUCACGGUGUUCCUGUUGUAAUGAGCUGCUACGGAGACUUACUAUACAAUCCAUAUACAGAGAGAUGUGAUUGGCCAAACAAUGUUGAAUGUGGUGACCGAGUCAUCCCAGAACGUGAUGAUGAAGAAAAUACUUCCGGAGGUAACAACAACGGUGAAAAUGGUGCUGGAGAUAAUAACAACGGGGAAAAUGAUUCUGGUGGUGACAACAAUACCGGUGGCAAUGGAGAUAGCAACAAUGGUAACGAGAACGGAACAGGCUCAUGUAAUUGUAACCCUGGUGAGGCUCCCACAAUUUGCGCUGGUAGUGGGUCAGAAGGUACAUUAAUAGCUCAUGAAAAUUGUAACCAAUUUUACAUAUGUUCUCACGGUGUUCCUGUUGCAAUGAGCUGUCAUGGAGACUUACUAUACAAUCCAUAUACAGAGAGAUGUGAUUGGCCAAACAACGUUGAAUGUGGUGACCGAGUCAUCCCAGAACGUGAUGAUGAAGAAAAUGCUUCUGGAGGUAACAACAACGGUGAAAAUGGUUCUGGAGAUAAUAACAACGGGGAAAGUGAUUCUGGCGGUGACAACAAUACCGGUGGCAAUGGAGAUAGCAACAAUGGUAACGAGAACGAAACAGGCUCAUGUAAUUGUAACCCUGGUGAGGCUCCCACAAUUUGUGCUAGUAAUGGAUCAGAAGGUACAUUAAUAGCUCAUGAAAAUUGUAACCAAUUUUACUGCUGUUCUCACGGUGUUCCUGUUGUAAUGAGCUGCUAUGGAGACUUACUAUACAAUCCAUAUACAGAGAGAUGUGAUUGGCCAAACAACGUUGAAUGUGGUGACCGAGUCAUCCCAGAACGUGAUGAUGAAGAAAAUACUUCCGGAGGUAACAACAACGGUGAAAAUGGUGCUGGAGAUAAUAACAACGGGGAAAAUGAUUCUGGUGGUGACAACAAUACCGGUGACAAUGGAGAUAGCAACAAUGGUAACGAGAACGGAACAGGCUCAUGUAAUUGUAACCCUGGUGAGGCUCCCACAAUUUGCGCUGGUAGUGGGUCAGAAGGUACAUUAAUAGCUCAUGAAAAUUGUAACCAAUUUUACAUAUGUUCUCACGGCGUUCCUGUUGCAAUGAGCUGCCAUGGAGACUUACUAUAUAAUCCAUAUACAGAGAGAUGUGAUUGGCCAAACAACGUUGAAUGUGGUGACCGAGUCAUCCCAGAACGUGAUGAUGAAGAAAAUGGUUCUGGAGGUAACAACAACGGUGAAAAUGGUUCUGGAGAUAAUAACAACGGGGAAAGUGAUUCUGGUGGUGACAACAAUACCGGUGGCAAUGGAGAUAGCAACAAUGGGAACGAGAACGGAACAGGCUCAUGUAAUUGUAACCCUGGUGAGGCUCCCACAAUUUGCGCUGGUAGUGGGUCAGAAGGUACAUUAAUAGCUCAUGAAAAUUGUAACCAAUUUUACAUAUGUUCUCACGGUGUUCCUGUUGCAAUGAGCUGUCAUGGAGACUUACAAUACAAUCCAUAUACAGAGAGAUGUGAUUGGCCAAACAUUGUUGAAUGUGGUGACCGAGUCAUCCCAGAAGGUGAUGAUGAAGAUAACACUUCCGGAGGUAACAACAACGGUGAAAAUGGUGCUGGAGAUAAUAACAACGGGGAAAAUGAUUCUGGUGGUGACAACAAUACCGGUGACAAUGGAGAUAGCAACAAUGGUAACGAGAACGGAACAGGCUCAUGUAAUUGUAACCCUGGUGAGGCUCCCACAAUUUGCGCUGGUAGUGGGUCAGAAGGUACAUUAAUAGCUCAUGAAAAUUGUAACCAAUUUUACAUAUGUUCUCACGGCGUUCCUGUUGCAAUGAGCUGCCAUGGAGACUUACUAUAUAAUCCAUAUACAGAGAGAUGUGAUUGGCCACACCACGUUGAAUGUGGUGACCGAGUCAUCCCAGAACGUGAUGAUGAAGAAAAUACUUCUGGAGGUAACAACAACGGUGAAAAUGGUUCUGGAGAUAAUAACAACGGGGAAAGUGAUGCUGGUGGUGACAACAAUACCGGUGGCAAUGGAGAUAGCAACAAUGGGAACGAGAACGGAACAGGCUCAUGUAAUUGUAACCCUGGUGAGGCUCCCACAAUUUGCGCUGGUAGUGGGUCAGAAGGUACAUUAAUAGCUCAUGAAAAUUGUAACCAAUUUUACAUAUGUUCUCACGGUGUUCCUGUUGCAAUGAGCUGUCAUGGAGACUUACAAUACAAUCCAUAUACAGAGAGAUGUGAUUGGCCAAACAAUGUUGAAUGUGGUGACCGAGUCAUCCCAGAAGGUGAUGAUGAAGAUAACACUUCCGGAGGUAACAACAACGGUGAAAAUGGUGCUGGAGAUAAUAACAACGAGGAAAAUGAGUCUGGUGGUGACAACAAUACCGGUGGCAAUGGAGAUAGCAACAAUGGUAACGAGAACGGAACAGGCUCAUGUAAUUGUAAUCCUGGUGAAGCUCCCACAAUUUGUGCUGGUAGUGGGUCAGAAGGUACAUUAAUAGCUCAUGAAAAUUGUAACCAAUUUUACAUAUGUUCUCACGGUGUUCCAGUUGCAAUGAGCUGCCAUGGAGACUUACAAUACAAUCCAUAUACAGAGAGAUGUGAUUGGCCAAACAAUGUUGAAUGUGGUGACCGAGUCAUCCCAGAACGUGAUGAUGAAGAAAAUACUUCCGGAGGUAACAACAACGGGGAAAAUGAUUCUGGUGGUGACAACAAUACCGGUGGCAAUGGAGAUAGCAACAAUGGUAACGAGAACGGAACAGGCUCAUGUAAUUGUAACCCUGGUGAGGCUCCCACAAUUUGCGCUGGUAGUGGGUCAGAAGGUACAUUAAUAGCUCAUGAAAAUUGUAACCAAUUUUACAUAUGUUCUCACGGUGUUCCUGUUGCAAUGAGCUGCCAUGGAGACUUACAAUACAAUCCAUAUACAGAGAGAUGUGAUUGGCCAAACAAUGUUGAAUGUGGUGACCGAGUCAUCCCAGAACGUGAUGAUGAAGAAAAUGUUUCUGAAGGUAACAACAACGGUGAAAAUGGUUCUGGAGAUAAUAACAACGGUGAAAGUGAUUCUGGUGGUGACAACAAUACCGGUGGCAAUGGAGAUAGCAACAAUAGUAACGAGAACGGACCAGGCUCAUGUAAUUGUAACCCUGGUGAGGCUCCCACAAUUUGCGCUGGUAGUGGGUCAGAAGGUACAUUAAUAGCUCACGAAAAUUGUAACCAAUUUUACUUAUGUUCUCACGGUGUUAAUGUUGCGAUGAGCUGCUACGGAGACUUACUAUACAAUCCAUAUACAGAGAGAUGUGAUUGGCCAAACAACGUUAACUGUGGUGACCGAGUCAUCCCAGAACGUGAUGAUGAAGAAAAUGUUUCUGAAGGUAACAACAACGGUGAAAAUGGUUCUGGAGAUAAUAACAACGGGGAAAGUGAUUCUGAUGGUGACAACAAUACCGGUGGCAAUGGAGAUAGUGACAAUGGCAACGAGAACGGAACAGGCUCAUGUAAUUGUAACCCUGGUGAGGCUCCCACAAUUUGUGCUGGUAGUGGGUCAGAAGGUACAUUAAUAGCUCACGAAAAUUGUAAUCAAUUUUACUUAUGUUCUCACGGUGUCAAUGUUGCAAUGAGCUGCUACGGAGACUUACUAUACAAUCCAUAUACAGAGAGAUGUGAUUGGCCAAACAACGUUAACUGUGGUGACCGAGUCAUCCCAGAACGUGAUGAUGAAGAAAAUGUUUCUGAAGGUAACAACAACGGUGAAAAUGGUUCUGGAGAUAAUAACAACGGGGAAAGUGAUUCUGAUGGUGACAACAAUACCGGUGGCAAUGGAGAUAGUGACAAUGGCAAUGAGAACGGAACAGGCUCAUGUAAUUGUAACCCUGGUGAGGCUCCCACAAUUUGUGCUGGUAGUGGGUCAGAAGGUACAUUAAUAGCUCACGAAAAUUGUAAUCAAUUUUACUUAUGUUCUCACGGUGUUAAUGUUGCAAUGAGCUGCUACGGAGACUUACUAUACAAUCCAUAUACAGAGAGAUGUGAUUGGCCAAACAACGUUAACUGUGGUGACCGAGUCAUCCCAGAACGUGAUGAUGAAGAAAAUGUUUCUGAAGGUAACAACAACGGUGAAAAUGGUUCUGGAGAUAAUAACAACGGGGAAAGUGAUUCUGAUGGUGACAACAAUACCGGUGGCAAUGGAGAUAGUGACAAUGGCAACGAGAACGGAACAGGCUCAUGUAAUUGUAACCCUGGUGAGGCUCCCACAAUUUGUGCUGGUAGUGGGUCAGAAGGUACAUUAAUAGCUCACGAAAAUUGUAAUCAAUUUUACUUAUGUUCUCACGGUGUUAAUGUUGCAAUGAGCUGCUACGGAGACUUACUAUACAAUCCAUAUACAGAGAGAUGUGAUUGGCCAAACAACGUUAACUGUGGUGACCGAGUCAUCCCAGAACGUGAUGAUGAAGAAAAUGUUUCUGAAGGUAACAACAACGGUGAAAAUGGUUCUGGAGAUAAUAACAACGGGGAAAGUGAUUCUGAUGGUGACAACAAUACCGGUGGCAAUGGAGAUAGUGACAAUGGCAAUGAGAACGGAACAGGCUCAUGUAAUUGUAACCCUGGUGAGGCUCCCAAAAUUUGCGCUGGUAGUGGGUCAGAAGGUACAUUAAUAGCUCACGAAAAUUGUAAUCAAUUUUACUUAUGUACUCACGGUGUUAAUGUUGCAAUGAGCUGUUACGGAGACUUACUAUACAAUCCAUAUACAGAGAGAUGUGAUUGGCCAAACAACGUUAAUUGUGGUGACCGAGUCAUCCCAGAACGUGAUGAUGAAGAAAAUGUUUCUGAAGGUACCAACAACGGUGAAAAUGGUUCUGGAGAUAAUAACAACGGGGAAAGUGAUUCUGAUGGUGACAACAAUACCGGUGGCAAUGGAGAUAGUGACAAUGGCAACGAGAACGGAACAGGCUCAUGUAAUUGUAACCCUGGUGAGGCUCCCACAAUUUGUGCUGGUAGUGGGUCAGAAGGUACAUUAAUAGCUCACGAAAAUUGUAAUCAAUUUUACUUAUGUUCUCACGGUGUUAAUGUUGCAAUGAGCUGCUACGGAGACUUACUAUACAAUCCAUAUACAGAGAGAUGUGAUUGGCCAAACAACGUUAACUGUGGUGACCGAGUCAUCCCAGAACGUGAUGAUGAAGAAAAUGUUUCUGAAGGUAACAACAACGGUGAAAAUGGUUCUGGAGAUAAUAACAACGGGGAAAGUGAUUCUGAUGGUGACAACAAUACCGGUGGCAAUGGAGAUAGUGACAAUGGCAACGAGAACGGAACAGGCUCAUGUAAUUGUAACCCUGGUGAGGCUCCCACAAUUUGUGCUGGUAGUGGGUCAGAAGGUAUAUUAAUAGCUCACGAAAAUUGUAAUCAAUUUUACUUAUGUUCUCACGGUGUUAAUGUUGCAAUGAGCUGCUACGGAGACUUACUAUACAAUCCAUAUACAGAGAGAUGUGAUUGGCCAAACAACGUUAACUGUGGUGACCGAGUCAUCCCAGAACGUGAUGAUGAAGAAAAUGUUUCUGAAGGUAACAACAACGGUGAAAAUGGUUCUGGAGAUAAUAACAACGGGGAAAGUGAUUCUGAUGGUGACAACAAUACCGGUGGCAAUGGAGAUAGUGACAAUGGCAAUGAGAACGGAACAGGCUCAUGUAAUUGUAACCCUGGUGAGGCUCCCACAAUUUGCGCUGGUAGUGGGUCAGAAGGUACAUUAAUAGCUCACGAAAAUUGUAACCAAUUUUACUUAUGUUCUAACGGCGUUAAUGUUGCAAUGAGCUGCUACGGAGACUUACUAUACAAUCCAUAUACAGAGAGAUGUGAUUGGCCAAACAACGUUGAAUGUGGUGACCGAGUCAUCCCAGAACGUGAUGAUGAAGAAAAUACUUCUGGAGGUAACAACAACGGUGAAAAUGGUUCUGGAGAUAAUAACAACGGGGAAAGUGAUUCAAGUGGUGACAACAAUACCGGUGGCAAUGGAGAUAGUGACAAUGGUAACGAGAACGAAACAGGCUCAUGUAAUUGUAACCCUGGUGAGGCUCCCACAAUUUGCGCUGGUAGUGGAUCAGAAGGUACGUUAAUAGCUCACGAAAAUUGUAACCAAUUUUACUUAUGUUCUCACGGCGUUAAUGUUGCAAUGAGCUGCUACGGAGACUUAUUAUACAAUCCAUAUACAGAGAGAUGUGAUUGGCCAAACAACGUUAAUUGUGGAGACCGAGUCAUCCCAGAACGUGAUGAUGAAGAAAAUGUUUCUGAAGGUAACAACAACGGUGAAAAUGGUUCUGGAGAUAAUAACAACGGGGAAAGUGAUUCUGAUGGUGACAACAAUACCGGUGGCAAUGGAGAUAGUGACAAUGGCAACGAGAACGGAACAGGCUCAUGUAAUUGUAACCCUGGUGAGGCUCCCACAAUUUGUGCUGGUAGUGGGUCAGAAGGUACAUUAAUAGCUCACGAAAAUUGUAAUCAAUUUUACUUAUGUUCUCACGGUGUUAAUGUUGCAAUGAGCUGCUACGGAGACUUACUAUACAAUCCAUAUACAGAGAGAUGUGAUUGGCCAAACAACGUUAACUGUGGUGACCGAGUCAUCCCAGAACGUGAUGAUGAAGAAAAUGUUUCUGAAGGUAACAACAACGGUGAAAAUGGUUCUGGAGAUAAUAACAACGGGGAAAGUGAUUCUGAUGGUGACAACAAUACCGAUGGCAAUGGAGAUAGUGACAAUGGCAAUGAGAACGGAACAGGCUCAUGUAAUUGUAACCCUGGUGAGGCUCCCAAAAUUUGCGCUGGUAGUGGGUCAGAAGGUACAUUAAUAGCUCACGAAAAUUGUAACCAAUUUUACUUAUGUUCUAACGGCGUUAAUGUUGCAAUGAGCUGCUACGGAGACUUACUAUACAAUCCAUAUACAGAGAGAUGUGAUUGGCCAAACAACGUUGAAUGUGGUGACCGAGUCAUCCCAGAAUGUGAUGAUGAAGAAAAUACUUCUGGAGGUAACAACAACGGUGAAAAUGGUUCUGGAGAUAAUAACAACGGGGAAAGUGAUUCAAGUGGUGACAACAAUACCGGUGGCAAUGGAGAUAGUGACAAUGGUAACGAGAACGAAACAGGCUCAUGUAAUUGUAACCCUGGUGAGGCUCCCACAAUUUGCGCUGGUAGUGGAUCAGAAGGUACGUUAAUAGCUCACGAAAAUUGUAACCAAUUUUACUUAUGUUCUCACGGCGUUAAUGUUGCAAUGAGCUGCUACGGAGACUUAUUAUACAAUCCAUAUACAGAGAGAUGUGAUUGGCCAAACAACGUUAAUUGUGGUGACCGAGUCAUCCCAGAACGUGAUGACGAAGAAAAUGUUUCUGAAGGUAACAACAACGGUGAAAAUGGUUCUGGAGAUAAUAACAACGGGGAAAGUGAUUCUGGCGGUAACAACAAUGGUGGAAAUGGUGACAGCGACAAUGGUAACGAGAAUGGAACCGGCUCUUGCAAUUGCAACCCUGGUGAGGCUCCUACAAUUUGCGCUGGUAGUGGAUCAGAGGGUGCACUCAUUGCUCACGAAAAUUGCAACCAAUUUUAUAAAUGCUCUCAUGGUAUCCCUGUAGCAAUGAGUUGUUACGGAGACUUGCUGUAUAAUCCAUAUACCGAGCAAUGCGAUUGGCCAGACAGAGUUGACUGUGGUGAAAGAGCAACACCUGUUGAUAUUGAUGAUAAGAAAGAUGAGACAGAAAAUGAAAAUAACGACAGCAAUAUCAAAACAGAAGAAGAAUGCGAUGAAAUUGAAAUCCCAGAAGUUUGUAAAAACGAGGGCUCGGAUGGAGCAUUUGUUCCUCAUGAAAAUUGUCAUCAGUUCUAUGUUUGCUCUGAUAAACAAGCAACUGUCCUGGAUUGCCCAGGAAUCUUGCUCUAUGAUGUUGUAAGUCGUAGAUGUGAGUGGCCCGCCUUGGUAGACUGUGAUGAUAGAAAUAUCAUUCAAAUCGAGGACAACGGUAGCUGCAACUGCAACCCUCUGCAAGCACCGGCAUUAUGCGCACACGAAGGUUCCAAUGGAGAGCUUAUCGCUCAUGAAAAUUGCGACCAAUUCUAUAAGUGUUCUAAUGGCGUACCGGUUACUUUUAACUGUACAGCUACUCUACUCUACAACCCAUACAAACAAGUUUGCGACUGGCCUGAAAACGUUGAUUGCGACGGUAGAAGUUUAUCCCAUUUCACCUCAAUGAAUAAGCAUUUAAAUGGAAGAAAAUUACAAAAUUCUAUAGCUUAGAAUUUUAACAUAUAAUUUUAUA